AUGUCUUCCAACCGAUUGACUGAGCACAACCUCUUCAUCCACGAUCAAACCAUCAUCAAUCAUGACUCCAAACAAACCCAAGACAAUACCCAAAAGCAGAACCAGAUACCAUCCUGGCUUACAACACUCAUAUCCUCUGAACGAAUGCACAAGCUCAACGCUCAAUUGGCUCUCAACAUCUCCAACAGUAACACUACCAAUCCCACAAAAAACACAGACAUCGACAUCGACGCAGACAUCCAACGCAUCACCAACGUCCUCUCAUCACUACCACCCAACGACCCUCUCUUCUCCCGCUUCAAGCUGCUGGAAGAUAUCCUCAGUACACAAACACACAACCGCCAGGAGAACGAUGACUCAAACCCCAUCCCCCUAGAACGCUUCCUCACACCCGGACACAGUGAUCCGUACUACAUUGUGGAGAGGGCGCUAGAGGAGCUAGGCGUCCCGUUUGGGAGUCUGGAGAGUGGUGAGGUCAGAAGAAACGUGGCGAGGGAGAAUGUUGAUGCUGCGAGGGAGGCUGCGAUGGGGAUGGGGGCGAAUAGUGUGUGUGAGGGGAGGGUGGGUAGGACUAUCUAG